UCUUUCCGAAUAUUGAUCGGUUUAAUGUAAUCAUUGUCCGAAUAUUCCUAAAAGGUUAUCUAACUUGUCAAAAUGAAUUGUUUAAAAUCGCUUUGUAUAUUAUAUUUGCCGUCAGUUUUUAUAUAUUCAGAGUGAAUUACAUUUUAAAGUAAAAUAUUGUACAAUAUUUUAUUAUCUACAUAUGUCAUUGACUAAUAUCAGAUAGCCAAACUGAUGUAAUAACACAAAGAUUAAAGUACACAAACAAGGACAUUUAACUCAUUGGCAAACGUUUGUAGUAAUGACUUAAUAUUUAAUAUAUUAUCUCUUGUAUCUAGUGCAUACUUUAAUGCAAUGGAUCAGUUAAUAAAAUUAAACAAUCAAACGGCCGGUAGAGAUAAAAUUGCAAGAAUCUUGCAAUAUCUCAGUAGAUUUAUCUGGCAUAAUCUGCAGAAAAAUCGUAAAAAUGGUGUAGUUGGACUAAAGAAUUUGGAAUUUCAAUUAAGCACUUUUAGAAAAUUGCUUAGGUUUGGCAGAUUUGCUGAGAGUAUAUAUGCAACGCUACCACUAUUUCAUGAAGAAGAAGCAACCAUUCGCUACUCACUUAUUCUGAGCAAGAUAACCAAUGCAUUAUUUCUAUUAGCAGAUCAUAUUUUGUGGUUGGGAAGAGCAGAUCUUUGCACAGUAGAUACGGAAAGAUGGUCCAACUUAUCAAAUAGAUAUUGGUUGUAUUCUAUCACAAUGAAUUUAGUGAGAGAUUUUUAUGAAAUUUCUAAACUUCUGAAAAGUAAUAAGGAUCAUAUCUUACCAAAAAAAUUCAAUUCUAAUGACACAUUAAAAAUUUUGUUGAGAACUUUUUCCAUUCUUAGUAAUAAUCAAAGUAUUGUGAUUGAUACUGUUAAAAAUAGUUGUGAUUUCUUCAUUCCUUUAACGUCUUUGGGCCAUGUGAAAUUAUCUCCAGGAACUAUUGGAUUGUUGGGUGUUAUUUCUUCUGUUGCAGGGUUGAUUGUAUUACUUCAACCAACAAAGAAGAUGGUGCCUUCUUAAGUUUUUUUCAUUAAAUGAACUUUCUUUUUACCAAAGAUUUUAUUAUAAAUAUUGUUGGUGUAAGAUAGGUGGGGUGUUUUUAUAAGAAGGAAUAAUUCAAGUAUUUAAUAUUUUUUUCAUGUUUUGUACAUAAUUACUUGUUAGUAUAUAUAUUCAUUAACACUUUA